UCUCCCCGCUCCCCUGUGGGGCGUGGCUAGCUCUGCCUUUCGCCAUGAUGAGCAAAUGACCUCGCGGGGAAUGAAAUUUAAAUUCCACAAAGGCGAGAGAGUUCUUUGCUUCGAGCCGGACCCGACCAAGGCGAAGGUGCUUUAUGAUGCCAAGAUCGUUGAUAUUGUUAUUGGAAAGGAUGAGAAAGGAAGAAAGAUUCCAGAAUAUCUGAUCCAUUUUAAUGGUUGGAAUAGAAGUUGGGACAGAUGGGCAGCUGAAGAUCAUGUGCUUCGUGACACUGAUGAAAACCGCAGAUUACAGCGCAAAUUGGCAAGGAAAGCUGUGGCUCGCAUGAGAAGAAAAGGAAAGAAAGGGCGUUGCAGGUUGCCUGGUGUUGAUUCUGUUCUGAAGAUCCUUCCUACUGAAGAGAAUGAGAAGAGUAGUGAAAACUCUAUAAGUAGUUCUUCUUCUGAUGACAGUGAUGAAGGCACAGAUGAAGAACUAAAGAGUGAAGAAAGUGACAUUGAUGAAAAGAUAGAAAUGAAAGAAGAGCAAGAGACUCAUGCUAAAAGGGAUAUGGAAGAAAGAGCAAUAAACAUUGAAAUUCCUGAAAUCUUGAAAAAGAAACUUGAAGAGGAUUGUUACUAUAUUAACAGGCGAAAGCGGCUUGUGAAACUGCCAUGUCAGACAAAUAUAAUAACCAUCUUGGAAUCAUACGUGAAGCAUUUUGCCAUUAAUGCAGCUUUUUCAGCCAAUGAGAGAUCACGACACCAUCAAAUGACUUCACACACCAACUUGAAUCUUCAUUAUGUCCCACCAGAAAAAAAUGUUGAGUUAUGUAAAGAAAUGGUGGAUGGGCUAAGAAUAACCUUUGACUUCACUCUACCCUUGAUUCUGCUAUAUCCCUAUGAGCAAGCACAGUUUAAGAAGGUGACCUCCUCCAAAUUUUUUCUACCAAUAAAAGAAAGUGUAGCAAAUUCUAACAGAAAUCAAGAAGAGCUUUCUCCAAGCCCACCUCUUCUGAAUCCAUCAACUCCACAAUCCACAGAUAGUCAGCCUGCAACAGGAGAACCUGCAACACCUAAACGCAGAAAAACUGAACCUGAAAUAUUGCAGUCUCUAAGGCGCUCUACACGUCACACAUCCAACUGUGACAGGCUGUCAGAAAGUAGCGCUUCUCCACAGCCAAAAAGACGGAAUAUUGAGGCUCCUGCUUCAAUGCCAAAAUUGUUUCUGCAUCUUGAGAAAAAAACUCCUGUCCACAGCGGGUCAUCAUCGCCUAUUACGCUGACACCUAGCAAAGAGGGUAGUGCAGUAUUUGCUGGAUUUGAAGGCAGAAGAAAUAAUGAAUUGAAUGAGGUGUUGUCAUGGAAACUCAUGCCAGAAAGCUAUCCCCCAGGUGAUCAGCCACCACCACCUUCUUACAUUUACGGAUCUCAGCAUUUGCUGCGCAUGUUUGUAAAGCUUCCAGAGAUACUUGGGAAGAUGAGCUUUCCUGACAAAAAUCUAAAAGCUUUAGUAAAACAUUUUGAAUUGUUUCUAAGGUUUCUAGCUGAGUAUCACGACGACUUCUUUCCAGAGUCGGCUUAUGUAGCAGCCUGUGAGGCCUAUUAUACGACCAAAAAUCCACGUGCUAUCUACUAAAACUCUAGAUACAGUCAGAUGUACAAACUCUGCACGUUCCAUGUCCUACUUUACUUCAUUACUUCAAGGUCAAGAAAAAUUGGAAUAUAUAAUUAUAAUAUCACAAAGACUUUCUACAGUGUUGUUCUUUUGAAAUAAAGAAAAUUUCAUUUCAUUUAGAGCUAUGCUGAUGUUGCAUUCUAGCACUAUAUAACCUUCACUGCCAGAUAAAUGAAGCUCUGCAUUGACUGUUAAUGCAUAGAACUGCAUACAAAUAAAGUAAGAAAAAGGAAAAGGUGCAUUAGAAACAGACUUCAGAAGAACUAAUCAUCCUAUGUUCUAAUUAUAACCUUGCUUCAGAUUGAACUCUCAUCAUUUCUGUUUAAAGUGAAUGCGGAGUGGCAUUGUACAGGUUUUUCAUAUUUGGGAUUAUUUUUUUAUAUAUGAAUCUGUAAUUAACAAUUUCUGUGUUAGUAUCCUUUCUGUCUCAAGUGAUUAAGCAUGAGGUAUGGACUUGGGAAUACUUUCAAGGAAGCGUUUUUCUUUCCCCUUAGGUAGGUCCAUUUCACAGUGACUAAAUAGCUUUGACUGGAAUUAAUGAAUCCCAGACGUUGUUUGAAUUGCUUUACGGGGUUAGGGCUUUUUGUAUUUAAGAAAAGGAUGUACUUGAUGAUUUUUGGAAGAAAGAAUGAUGAAGUGAUAAUCAUUUGGCAAAGUUUGGAUCCAGAAAUGCUUUGACUUGCUUGUUUUGUUUUAAUUUGGUAGUUCUUGCUAGAUUUUAUUUAACUUUAUUUAAAUAAAAUCAACUAGGCCUUAUUUCUGGAAAUGUCAGAAGAGUCAAAAUAUUCUGUUUGUGUUAACAAAAGUUAACUGAUUUCUAAACUUGAAGAAGUUGAGAAAUAUGAAGAUAAUAUUUAUCAUGCAGUCAGGUCUUACUGCGGCAGAGCU